AUGUCUUAUUUCUUACACUCCCUUCCAGUCGCGGAAAAUAUGCCGGGUACGUUUGGUCUCGAUUCUCCAUCGCCUCAACAUGACGUACCAAUUGCAGGUUCCAAAUCAAAUAUGUAUCUUCCGCCCUCAACGCCAUCAGCGUCUGCCACUUCGUCUCUCUAUCUCUUUGAUACACAAUCCACCACCAGUACCGAUUUGUUAAAUGCCGGAGGCACCAUGGUCGGAAGAAAGAGAAUGAGAGAUACGUUACCAUUUGAAUAUGGGUACGAACGAGGAAAUCAAUUGGAUGAGGGCGAUUCCAAUUUGGUGACGCCAGGAAGUCCCAUGCCUUUUGUUAAUACCAAAUAUCGAUUGGCAGGAGGGUUAGAUACUCCGCAGGCGGAGAGACAAAAUCGAGAAAUGGGAAUGGGAAGAGAGAGUGAUUUUGGUGAUACCAAAUAUCGAAGGGAAUUAAGUGAUGUCAAGGAAACUUUCGAAGCCGAGGGAGAAGGUCAAUUGUAUCGAGAUGAAAAUGGAAGACCGAGAAUCCGAGGACAACCAAAGGAAGAUGAGAAACGUGGAUGGAUUAAACCUAUGGUUAAUGUGGUGGGUGGUGUGGUGGGAAAGAUGUGGGAAUUUUGUAAGAUGGGUGUCGCAUUUAAAGGAUUCCAAGCUGGUGGUGGAAAUGGCUAUGUUUUUGGAUCGACCACUCCCAUCGAACCGACAUUUAUGGAUGAACCGAAGAAUAACAUGUGGGAGGAUGAAAAAUCUCCUGGUACACCGGUCCCGGGUGGAUUUCCGAUGGGUGGGAUGGUUGAGAAUUAUAUGGAUCGAAAUUAUGUUCCACCACAGGAAGAGACAACUCCUCCGAGACCAGCAAAGAGACGUCAAACGAGUUUUACGGCUCAAUCAACUCCAGAUGAUAUGUCCAGAAAUUGGGUGGUUGUUCCUCCUCCACAAGUAGUACAACAACCUCAACCUGAAUAUCAACAUACAUCUCACCCUGAAUAUCAACACUCUCAACACUCACCUCAACCCGAAUAUCAACACACACCUCAACUCGAAUAUCAACUUAAUCAACAAUAUCCAAAAUUACCACCCGUGCCUGCAGAUGCAUUUGCCAUUCCACAAUCUCAAGCACCUAAAUCUAGAUUUUCACAACAGAGAAGUGGAAUUGCUCGAUAUAAUAUACCUACCACAUCGAAUUCGACUAGGAGAUAUUUGGUUCAACCUCAAAUCACAUCAAGUAAUAUGGGUGCGACCCGAAGACCAAAUUAUCAAAGUAAUCCUCGAAUUUUAAAUCCUUCACCUACUCUAUCAAAUUAUGAACGUGGCACCAAUUAUUCCACUCCCACUCGACCAGGUACUUCUCAAAUCCCACGUACAGCUUCACCAGCCGGAUCACGCAUUCCUCGUUGGACACCGAAUAGUCCCAAAACAGGACCUAAUUCGAAUGAGAGCCCAGCAGCAAGAGAAGCAAAAGCAUGGAAGGCGAAACAAUUGAAAGAGGAGAGGGAACAGGAUGAGAUGAUGAGGAAGUUUGAUAGACAAAUGAAGGAAUUGAUUAGACAGGGGAAUAUGGCGUUGGGAACGAAGGUGGAGGAUAUGGAGGUUGAUGAUGAGGAUGUUUACUAG